GGAAGGCGGUCGACUCUCUCUCUUUCUCUUCAAUCAGUUUUUUGUUGAAUUUUUCGAAUUUCGAAAAAUAUUUGGAAUACUUUCGCCAUUAUCCACAAGCCUACCACCUAAGGUAUCGGAAAAAUCUCAAAGGAUGAUGAAUCACCCCCUGCAAAAAAGCCUAAGAAGGGGAAUGCCCAACUGAAUCAGUUUAAUGAAUUCAAAACUCAGAUGCAGAUUGAUCAUGAGGAAUUCAAAAAAUCUAUUGAGACUAUCCAAUCAGGCUUUGAUAAGUUUUCACAACUCGAACGAUUUAAGGAAGUUGAAAAAGGUUCUCGUGAAGCAAAUAUCACUGUUGAUUAGUCAAGCGAUUCUGUUAAAUUGGAUGAUUUAUUUUUGGACAAUGACACGACCGAUGUGUCUGUGGAUAAUAUCGAGCCGGAAAUUUUAGAAAUUCCUAAUAGCAAGGACAAAGACGAAUCUGUUGAUCCAGCGCUAAACCAAGCUGUUGCUGCGCAAAUAAAUGUAAUUUUGCAACAAAAAACUAAAGGAAGCCGUGAAAAAGAUCAAAAAGAAUCUACUGAUUGCAGAGAAUUGCAAGAUGAGAAAUGUUCCAAAGGUAAACCCUGAGCUUUGGUCGCAAUUACCUCCACGAAUCAAGAAAUGAUGCUAAAUUGCAAUUUACACAACAAUUUGUGUCAAGAAGCCUCAAUGCUUUUGCAUUACUUGCUGAUGAAAUCACAAAGUUUAGUAAAGUGAUUCCGAAGGAGGUUCGAGAUAAAAUGAUCAGCUCGAUGGAGAGACCUCAGCUGCGAUGCAGCAUCGUGAAUCGAGUCUAAAAAGAAUGCAAGGUAUUAAACCUCUAUUAACACCGCAAUUUUCUGGAAUAUGGCCCACUACCAAUAACAACAGUUAUCUGUUUGGCGACAAUUUGUCUGAAGUACUGAAGACAUCCAAAACAGUAACAAAUAUCUUGAAUCGUGGAUCUAUUUUUUCGCCACAUUUCACGCCUAGAGGAAACACUUUUUCUUUACACUUCAGAGGCCAGCCCCGUCAAUAAUAUCGUGGGGGGAUGAGAGGCCAGACAAAUUAUUUUCGCCAGAGGUAUCAAUCUUCACGCCAGUCAUGGUCCAUGCAGCAAGGACAAUACAAACAAACUCAACAAUAAUUGACAAGACCCUUCAUAUUCUGAAUCCGUGUGCCCAAACUUAUCAAAAUUCAAAUCGGAUAUUGAUUCGGUGGAUAUAUUUCCGACAUGUAGAUUUCAUGACGAUUGGAUCAAGAAACGUCGUUUCUGGUAUGCUGACGAUUUCAAUUUUGAGCAACAGUUCACAUCAAAAUGGUCGUCCGGCAAGAAGCCUCCACGUGUCCAAGUAUUCAUAGUGCCGCACUCGCACGCUGACCCAGGAUGGAGAAAAACGUUUGAAGAAUACUCGAGAAAUAGCACGUUCUACAUCUUAACGUGGGCAGUGGAACAAUUACUCCACUAUAAAAAUAUGACCUUCAUCUGGAAUGAGAUCUCCUUUUUGGCAGAUUGGUGGGAAAAUCUCAUCCCGCUUAUCGAGAUGGCUUCGUCCGAUUAGUGAAAGAGGGGAGAUUUGAGAUCACCACGGGAGGAUGGGUCAUGGCAGAUGAAGCGACAGGAUCGCUAUAUUCGUUAACCAACCAACUUAUUGAAGGACGCCAAUGGCUACAUGGUCAUGUCGGCAUCGUGCCAAACGUGUCUUGGGUGAUCGACGCAUUUGGGCAUGGUCCCACUAUGCCGUAUUUGUUCAAAAUUUCUGGUAUGGACAACACCGUCAUUCAACGACUCCAUUACAGCUGGAAGAAAUAUUUGGCCCAAAACAAGUUUAGCGACUUUACUUGGGUUCAAAGAUGGGAUUCUGGGAAACAAUUCGCCAUAAAUGUGCAUAACAACCCGUUCGACAUGUAUGAUUCUAGGACCAGCUGUGGUCCAGAUACUGAGAUUUGUGUGAAAUAUUACUUUCGAACUAUUCGGGGAGAAUACACCGACUAUUGCCUAAAUUCAAAGCCUAUAACUGAUGAAAACAUUGCCUCCUCUGCUACCGAAUUGGUCGGUCAAUUUCAAAGAUCUGCCUCCAUUUCGGGUUCCAAUGUGGUCCUCGUCCCGCUCGGGGACGACUUUGUCUUUGACCGUGAAGAGGAAUGGGAUCAGCAAUAUGGGAAUUAUACUCUUCUCAUGAAUUACAUAAAUGCCAAUCCUGCCAUUUUCAACAUGGAAAUCAGUUUUGGCACGGUUUCCUCCUAUUUCAAUGCUAUUCAGGACAAGAAUCCUAAACUUCCUACAUUCUCUGGGGAUUUUUUUCCAUAUAGCGACGUUUUCACGAGUGGGGAACCAGCCCAUUGGACGGGAUUUUAUGGGACACGUCCGUACUGGAAGAAGUUGUAUAAAGAGGCAGAAAAUUAUUUGAGAAGUGCAGAGAUUCUAUAUGCAUAUGGGAGAAAUUUUCAGAAAAAUGGGCAGAACCACUUGAUGGAUGCUCAUUAUAAAUCGUUAGUCUCAGCCAGACGGUCGUUCGGGUUAUUCGCGCAUCACGACGGAACAACUGGAACAUCCACUGCCCGCGUCAUGGAGGACUUUGGGCAUAAACUGUUGCAUUCGCACAUCGUGUCUCAAAAAAUUCAAGAAGACUGUUUAUCGCAUAUUUUAAGUCAAGGAACAACAACUUCAUCCUUGGUUGUAGAACGUGACGAACAAUAUUCCAGUUUUGGUGUUCUUCCGACCAAGCUGACGAGACGAAUCGAUUCCAAUGUAUUUCUUUCUCAGAAAGUUUUACUUUUUAAUAGCAUCGCAUUUCGGCGAAUUCAACUUGUAACGAUGCAAGUUACCAGUCGGUUGGUCAGAGUGGUAGACAAUUAUGGCAGAGCUAUCGUUAGUCAGAUUAACCCUGUAGCCGAAUAUAAUUCCAGAUUAAACGGAAUAUCGUUACAUCCCUCAAUUUACGAGCUAAAUUUUCUAGCCAAAUUAGAACCACUAACGGUUCACAUUUAUGAAAUCAAACCAUCCUUUUGGGGUGAUCCGUUUCUAUCAAAUUUAGCAACGGUACAAUGCCGGGGAUGCAUUUUGGACCUGAACGGACGUUUUAAAAUGCAUCCUGCCUUCGAAUUUAGGUCUGGUUAUUUCAGUAGCGACGAAAACAUCAUCCUCGAAAAUUCUGAACAGGUCUUAGAACUUGAUUGGGUCACUGGUUAUCUGAAAAGGGUUAUCGACAAAGUGACCGGAUCAUCCAAGCUGGUCACCAUUUCGUUUGGAGGAUACGCUUCUAUCUCUCAAAGUAGUGGAGCUUAUCUCAUGAAACUUGACAGGACGAGAACAAUUGAGAUUGGAAGUAGUCCCACCAAUCCGGCAUCCCUUCUUUCAAUAUCAGGCCCAGUAACAUCCUAUUUGACUUCAUGCUCAAAACUCUUAUCCGUCACGACGCGUCUCUUGGCUCAUCCCGGUUAUGGAAUUCAUCUCGAAAAUGUGGUCGAUUUGGGAACCAUUCCAGCCGAAGUGUUUAUGCGGAUUAAUACAGAAAUUGACUCAGUUUCUGAGAGGACUGGACGCCCAGAAAUGUUCACAGAUCAGAACGGGUACACAUUUGAGAGGAGAGAUUACAUACCAGAGAACGGUUAUGAGGGAAAUGUGUUUCCAGUCACGUCGAUGGCAUAUAUUCAUGAUUUAAGGAAGAGGAAAGAUUUUCAGUUUUUGUUGACCGGUCACAUGGGAUAAAUAGUAUUACACCUGGCUGCCUAGAGACCCUGAUUGAACGCAGAACUGAGACAGACGAUCACCGCGGGAUGAAUGAAGCCGUUACGGACAACAAGAAAACUGCCUCUAACUAUAUCCUGCUCUUUGAAGAUUUAAACUUUUCGGCGGGAAAUUCGGAGAACGAGUUUCAAAAUAGUCUUCCCACCCGAGAUGCUAUCCAACUUUCGCUUGGCUUGCAAUAUUCAUCACCAAGUUUUGGAUUUGGGGGAGAAUUAUUCUUUCCGUGGGCAUUGAGGACAUUUCCGCUGAUAUAUGUACCAGAUGAUCUGCAUCCAGUUACGUUGAGGACUAUGGGGACCCCUGGUGAUGAAGGGAAAGGGUCGAAUAAGGCGUUACUCGUUGUACAAAAAUUAGGGUAUUCUUGUAACCAUAAAUACAACAUAAUAUCCCAAGGAAUAAGUAAAAAGUAUGAAAUUGGAUUUAAUGGAGCAGAAAUUUCUUCAGUUUUUAGGACAGAUUUGGCAGGUAUAAAACGGUUGAAGUACAAAGGUAUUAACGAUUCAGCAUCACUAUUGGGUCUGAAACCGUUUGAAAUUUCGAGCUACGUGGUAGAAUUUGCAUAAUUAAAAAUGAACAAAAACUGAUACACUUUUAAUUAUUUUAGUUAACAAUAAAGUUUGAGAAAUGCA